CCAGGCGGCACAAAGAUGGCGGCCGGCCCGCCCCCGCGCCCUCCCUCCCCCGAGCCGAGCGCUCCCGAGCGCUCCCGAGCGUCCCCGAAGCCGGCAGGAAGCCCGGGAGCCGCGCGGGCAGGAGCGGCCCCGCCCCGGAGCCUGGGAGCGGCGCGCCGGCGUGGGGGAGGGGAGACCGGAUGUGAGUGGAGCGGCCAUUUCCUGUUUCUCCGCAGUUUUCCCUCAGCUUUGGGUGGUGGCCGCUUCUGGGCUCCGGCUUCCCGUCGGCGGAGGGCUAGGCGGCGUGGACAGCGGCCCCGGCACCCCGCGCCCUGCCGCCCGCAGCCGCGCGCCCGCCCGUCCGCCGCGCCCCGAGUUCGCCGCUUUUCGCGUCAGCGCCCGGCCGCCGCCGCGGCCCAGCGAGCGGCCCAAAUGCAGGCCAUCAAGUGUGUGGUGGUGGGAGACGGAGCUGUAGGUAAAACUUGCCUACUGAUCAGUUACACAACCAAUGCAUUUCCUGGAGAGUACAUCCCCACUGUCUUUGACAACUACUCUGCCAAUGUUAUGGUAGAUGGAAAACCGGUGAAUCUGGGCUUAUGGGAUACAGCUGGACAAGAAGAUUAUGACCGAUUACGUCCCUUAUCCUAUCCGCAAACAGAUGUAUUCUUAAUUUGCUUUUCUCUUGUGAGUCCUGCAUCAUUUGAAAAUGUUCGAGCAAAGUGGUACCCCGAAGUGCGACACCACUGUCCCAACACCCCCAUCAUCUUGGUGGGGACUAAACUUGAUCUCAGGGACGACAAAGACACGAUCGAGAAGCUGAAGGAAAAGAAGCUGACACCCAUCACCUACCCGCAGGGUCUGGCCAUGGCUAAGGAGAUCGGUGCCGUAAAAUACCUGGAGUGCUCGGCACUCACGCAGCGAGGCCUCAAGACAGUGUUUGAUGAAGCGAUUCGAGCGGUUCUCUGCCCCCCUCCCGUCAAGAAGAGGAAGAGAAAAUGCCUGCUGUUGUAAAUGUCCGGGCCCGCCCCGUCCCCCUCGGAACCUUUGUACGCUUUGCUCAAAAAUGGUGUGGAGCCUUCGCACUCAAUGCCAAGUUUUUGUUACAGAUUAGUUUUUCCAUAAAACCAUUUUGAACCAAUCAGUAAUUUUUAGGUUUUAAGUGUAAGAUUUCAAACUUUCACAUUAUAUUAAAAUUUAGCCCUAAAAUGGCAAGCUUUCUUAAAGCCUUAUUUUUCAAAAGCCCCUAUUCUUGCUCAGAUUAAGAGUUGCCAAAAUACCUUGUGAACUAAGUUGCGUUGUGCUGAGAACACUAAGCACUAAACCGUUCGAGAGCUGUGUCUUUCAGAAGAACCAGCGUCUCAGGUCUGCCCCCGCAGACGCUGCCACGCUCCUUUCUGGUAGGAAAGCGGCACAGCGUCCUUCCCCAGCUGCCACCAGGAGGCCAUCUGACACCGCGCCCUCCCCUAACACUGUACUGUACGUCCUCGCAGAGUGAGUGUAAUGACUCAACUCUUCGAAUCAAUCUUUUUGAUUUUGUAGUGAGAUUUUUUUUGAAAAGUUAAUGUAUUCGCUUUUGCUGAGAUUCUGAACAGACCUCUUCCUCCCAUGUCCCCCCGGCGAAGUGUCCGCUCCAGCUGUGGGCACCCGGGCCGGGGGGUGUGCAGCACGUGACGCGAUCAAAGAAUGAAGACAGUAUUUUGACAAAAUACAGAGGUUAAUUUACACUACAUUGUACACGUCCUAAUUAAACUGAGUAAAAGUGUCACGGGUAAAAUAUUAAAGGUUUAUUUCUGUCCAGUGCAGUAAAUGAUGAAGAAAGGUCGGUAUUAUCACUGUUUAAGCUUUUCCUUUUUCUGAGACCUGCCAUCCCUCCUGAAAUUGGGCAUUUAAUUCAUCUUUGAACUGGUCGUUCCCAUAGUUGCUAACUUAGUGCUUUUCUUAUAGAACCCCUUCUUAAUGAGCAAUAUGCCUCCUUGUAUUAUAAAAUCUUUCUGAUAAUGCAUUAGAAAUUUUUUUUUUUUAGAUUAGUAAAAGUGCAUUCCUGUUUCCUUGUUACUUUAUUCAAGCUAAUAAGCGCUUUCCUUAGUUUUCUAGUAACUAGGUGUAAAAAUCAUGUGUUGCAGCUUUACGGUUUUUGAAAUAUUUUAGAUAUUCCUAAACUAUGAACUUUCUUAACAUCACUGUCUUGCCAGAUCACCAGUACUGUACCCUGACUAAUGCUGGCCCUUCCUCUCUGCCUCACCGCCCUGGACACACGCUUCCUCUCGCUCUGCCUGACCAUGUUCCCUUGGGUCUGUGAGGUUCUGUAAGCCCGUGCUUGUGCUAACGAAGUUCUGUACAACUUACCCACUGGCAAGAAUAUAAGGUUGGACCUCUCAACCACUAGAACAACAUUUUUUAAAUUGACAGUUGCAGGAUCGUGGAGUGUUUUUACAUUGAUCUUUUGCUAAUGCAGUUAGCAGUAUGUUUUGCAUGUAUGACUUAAUAAAUCCUUGAAUCAUGA